CAACAUGAAUCAGUUCCGCUCGCUCGUGCGCAGCAAGCCCGCCGGCCAAGUGCGCAUCCAAGAUCAACACCAGGACCACCAUCAGCAAUCGAUGCAGGAGCAGGUGCGCACGCUUGAUCGCAACUUCUCGCGGACGCACAGCAACGGCUACGACGCCCACACAGUCGGUAACAACACCACUGCCAGCACCGUGCCCAACAUGUACGGUACGUUUGCCCGGCGACACGACAAGCAUCAACACCAGUAUCAACCGCCGGUGACGACGCUGAGCCAAGUUCAGGGCAGCGACCCCAAUCUAUACGCCGUUACCGAGCUCUAAGCGUUCACUCGAUCGUCUCUCAUCUUUCACUUUUGUCGAUUUCAUAUUGCAUGGAUUACAAAAACAAGCUUUGCGUUUAUUUUCCAAAUGAGAUCUGAUUGUUUGUACAAUAUCGUUCCCAAGCUGUAGCAGACUCGUCCGAUUGCACAGCGAUAAAAAGUAUAUAGUCGCACUUGGUGCGCAUGUAUUUCUCGAAGAGAAUGAGAGAGACGCGGGUCUGUUACUGCACUAGAGCGUCGUUCAACACUCGACAUCGUGACGACGACGACGCUGGUGGUGGUAUAAAGGUUAUAGGUCGAGGAGACUAUUUUUUCCUUUUAGUUAAAACGCGAUAAGUACGCAUCUCAAGCGAGAAACCAAAGAAGAGGGGGCGUUUGAAAAAGAAAACCUCGGAGAGAACGAAGAAGCCUAAAAAGAUGUUCAUCGAAAAAGGGAAGAGGAAUGAACGAAUUCCUUUUCGCUAGGCGUAUUUCUUAACCUAUAUUGAUUGCAUUUGUAUGUCAUGUACAGAUGGCCAUGAUAGAAACAUUUUAUUGUUUAUCCGAAUUCGUUUUGUCCUUAAUAAUGUCCCAAGCGCGAUUGCAUUUAUUAUUAUUAUUAUUAUAUACUAUAUAUAGUUUAGCCAGAGAAUUGUGGAAAAAACUUCGAUACAAAAACGUGCGCGUUAUGUUUUAUUGACUAUUUUAUGAAUUUAAUUUAUAUUGCGGUCGAGUAUACGUAUAAUAAUUUGAAGACGUAAAAUAAUUAUGCGUUUAAAGAGCGUCAAAUUCUACGUAUCGAAGUGCGUAUUUUACUUUCCGUUUCCUAGAAAAACUUAGUGUGUUAAUGAGUUUUUUACGUUCUAUUUCGCAUACAAGUAUAUAUUUUAAUAUGUACUUUAGUAUGUUUUUUUUGUAAAAAUAUUCUUUUCUACUAUAAAUUAUAUGUUAUACAAUAUGAAUUGAGCUGCCUAGCGCGAGGUGGAAAAAGUGCGCCGUAGCAUACAUACUGAUAUUUGUUUUUAGAGUGACAACAAAAAAGUAAUAAUAAAAAGAACUCGAUAAUGAUGAUGAUAAUAGAAUAAAUUGUACGAGAAUCUUAUACCAAAAGACACUUUUUUAUACGGUCUUUUUACGCUCUAUUAAGAAAGAAAAAAAGAACGUGCAAUUUGAUAGAUGAAGUACCAAGCACACACAUACACGUACACCACUUGAUUUCCGUUAAAAGUUCGAUGCAUUUAUACGUGAGAAUUAUUUGUACUGAAGUUAUAAUAAUUGUAACAAUAAUUAUAAUAAUAGUAAUGAAGUCAAGAGUUACCGCACGAUAUAAAAACGUUACACGAGUGAUAGGGGGGAAGUAAUUUAUUACAUUCAAUUAUAUAAUACUUUUUUGAGGUAAUAAAUGUUGACAUACAAGAAAAAUAAAACGAACACAUCUAUUUCAAAAUACUGCCGUUCCUUGUGUGAACACCCGUCUUAAGUACAAAGCCCCGAUCGGCUAAUCAAGUUUUUUAGUGAUGACUCCUUCUUAUUGUCAGCGGUCAUACAUUCGUAAAUUGUUGUUAAAACCGACGAUAAUAAUUCUAACAGCAUAUAGAAUAAUCGACUGAUUGUACGAAGAAAAAAAAAAGCUACAGAAAGAAGGAAAAGAUGCGAAUAUAAGCGAUGUAUACCUUUUAAGGUUUCAUUCCAUAGAGUGUGCGCUUAUCUUGAAAGGUUUCGAUGAGAAGCAUCCCCUUGAAAUGUAUAUUGUUAAUUUUAUAUUUUCUAUGACAUUAUAUUAGUUUAUGUUUUUCUUUCUUUAUACUUUUGUAAUUAUACUGAUUAGUAUUGAAAAAAAUUUUUAUUUUAUGUCUUUUAAGUAUAUUAUUAUAUUAUACGAAGAGCAAAAGAAAAUUUUGUAUAAAAAUUAUUUAAUAAAAAAUUUUUUUGUCUUAAAGAAUCAUGCGAAUUAUUUCUAAUGUCCAAAAAAAACAUUCUUACAAAUAUAAAAUUAACAAUAGAAAAAAAAGUGGAUCAUAUGGAUUUUCAUAAAAAGUAGUCAGCAAUGAAAAAUAACGUCGAACAGUAUUUUCAACGAUUCGCACAUCACUUUUGCCAACUUGCAUGUACAUAAUAUUUGAUGAAAAAUACGUGUAACUUGUGAACUUAUUCACCUAUGAUUCGAUAUGAAAUGCAACUAUUUAGACCCACCCUUCAAUGAAGGCGGACUAGUAAAACAACUCACUCUCUCUUGAGUGGCAUCACUUUGAUGUUUAUCGAGUUAGUAUGCGUACUCGUUUUCAACAAAAUGAGCUAUCGAUAAUUCGAAAAAAAUGUUGAAAAAUAUGAAUAAAAAUGUUUUAAAGAAUUGCGUUUUUUUUCAGUUCCUAAAAUUGAUAAAUAAGAUAUUUUUAGCGAAUUAUUAGUUUAGGAUGAAAUCGUAAAAUUAAAUAAUAAAAUUCGAUUGGCAAAGCUCAGCAUGUAAAUAAGUGUAAUAUGUAUUGAAAAAAAUAUAGCGUAUAGAAAAAUUACAAAAUCGAGUUUUUAGAUGAGUUUUUUAAGAUUAUCCAAGCACUGAAAUGUGGAGUUUAGUCUUUAUCAGACAUUUAAUAAAGUCGGAUGAACAUACUAAAAAAAAUAACUUGGAAAAUAAAAUAAAUUUAGUCCACGUAUACAUAUGUACUUGAUAAUUACGAUAAAUAUAAAGCAAUCAGACAAACAAAUUCUUGCCAAACUGUUUGUAAUGGUUUUUAAAGAACAUUUACAUAAUUUCUUUGUUUUUGACGUCUGAAUGUUUUUCAAGUUCGAAUCGAUUACAUUCGGAGUAUGAGUGUGUUGAAAUAGUAUGAUAUUUAUACACGAAGGAAUAUUGUGUUUUUGAAUAGUUAACAAACCAUGAAUAUAAAUCUGUUUGCAUGUAACAAAUAAUUCAACAAUUCUAUUUCGAGCAAAGCAUAAUUAGCUAAUGCGAAAUUUCAAUAUCAAAUUAAUGAAACGAUUGUACGUAAGGAAUACCUUCAAAUUUUUAUUUCGUACUGCCAAUACUACCAUAUAGAUCCCGUGAAAUUAUCGAGUCAAAUACAAUGUAAUCAAUUGUAAAAUUUAGCAUAAAGUAGUGUUGUUUCUACGAUAAAAGGAAAAUAGACUACAAUUCUAAGUUGUUCAAGAGGGAUCAACACUAUAAGAAGAAUAAUUCAACGGAUAUAAAAAUUACGGCGUAAUAUGACUUGACAAGAAGUUGGCCGAUAAUUUCCAAAUAAUCAUUAACAAGAGAAAAGAUAAGUAAAUAAAAGAUUUCGUAGGCAAAGCCAGUUCGUAAGUUUUUAACGUGAAGCAGAAUAACGCAUAAUGUAUAAAUAAAAACAAUAUACAUAUAAUUAUGUAUAAACUUUGCGAACCGAUACUGUACAAAUAUGUAUCUAUACAUGUUUUAUGCACAUCGUAUGUACGGCGUGUAUGGUUAUAUAUUUGGUGUAUUGCAUUUCGAUGAAAAUGUUGUACGAUGUAAGCUCGACUGACGAACGCGCCAACAAUGCAAAAUUAAGAACGUAAGCAAUCUUUUCUAAUUUUUAUACAAUUUUUAGUAGUAACCCGAACGUACACGCAGACGCUUUUGCGAAACACGUAAACUCUAAAAGAAAUCAUUUCAUUCAUUUUCGUCGAGUCCAUCCGUACUCUUCUUUUUGCCGCAGUGAAGUUUACUCUGAUAGCUUCACGAAAAUCGAAGUCGAAACAAACGCAAGCUGCAGGCAAAAAGUGAUUUUGAUAAUUUGUCAAUUUGCGAAACAGCGUGGCAUGAUUGGGUUGAACCUGCAAAUCCGAAUAGGAUAUUUAACUACAAAAUGUGUAUCGCUACAUUUGACGCACGAUCGAAUGGGAGAGCGACGCGAAGAACAAAAAAAAACAGGGAAAUCGUAGCUGUGAGUGAAUGUCCGAGUGAAAAGUAUAAACAAUAACAAAUAAUAAAAAAGUUUUAAAGAAAUUGACACUAGGAUUUGCGUCUAAGUUCGACAUGGGUACGAUUCCUAGGAAAUUUCAUUAAACUUGAUUUGCUCUUUCUCAUUUUGUGAAAUUAUUUAACGCAGUGUUUCAAGCGAAAGUUAUACUUUAGAAGUAAUAUAUAUCGCAAGAAAGUUAAGUUUGUCCGUGUGUAAUGUGCUUUAAAAAAAUUUAAUGAUUAUAAGGAUAUACGCGCGAAUGAUGUUUUUAAUGAAAAUAUAGAAUAAUAUAAUUUCCGUCGAGAAAUCUAAGGUUUUUCUCGUUACACACAGCAGUCAGUGUUUAUCUGGCGUACCCGUCGACCUUUAUUCCUCAUAUUG